CUGGCCAGUGUGAAUCAGACAGCUGAUCUAGCUUGUGACAGUUUCCACAAGGUGGAUUACGAUGUCUACCUCCUGAGAGGUCUUCAUGUCAACAACUACCAGUUUUCCAUCUCCUGGGCUCGUAUUUUCCCCUCAGGCCACAGAGGCAGCCAAUCAGAAAAAGGGGCUGUCUACUAUGACAAGCUCAUCAAUGCACUCAUUGAAUCUGGCAUACAACCUGUGGUCACUCUCUACCACUGGGAUCUGCCUCAGGCACUUCAGGACUAUGGUGGAUGGACCAACACUUCCAUUGUUGAAGCCUUCAAGGACUAUGCAGACUUUUGCUUCUCCAGGUUUGGAGACAGAGUCAAGACCUGGAACACAUUCAGUAGCCCCUGGGUGGUGAGCCAUGCUGGCUAUGGCACUGGCAAACACCCCCCUGGAGUAAAGGACUAUGUGGUUGCAUCCUAUCAGGUCACUCACAAUCUGCUCAAGUCCCAUGCUGAGGCCUGGCAUGUCUACAAUGACAAGUACCGGAUGAAACAAGGAGGGAAAGUGGGCAUUGCAUUGAACUCUGACUGGGCUGAGCCCAUGGACCCGUCCAGACCUGAAGACAUAGCAGCUGCAGAUCGCUACCUGCAGUUCAUGCUGGGCUGGUUUGCACAUCCCAUAUUUGUAGAUGGAGAUUAUCCUGCAACACUCAAGACUCAGGUUGAAGAGAAAAGAAGAGAGUGUCCCCACUCUGAGCCUGCAAGACUUCCAGUUUUCACUUCUGAAGAGAGAAAGAGGAUACAUGGAACAGCUGACUUUUUAGGGUUAAACCACUAUACCUCCCGUUUGGUCAACAAGAGUGAUGGAGGCUGCACCCCUGGUAUUCAGGGGGUUGGUGACCUCCAGGCACAUGUGGACCCAUCAUGGUCCUCUACAGCUUCUGACUGGAUAUAUUCAGCACCAUGGGGUCUCCGAAGGCUUCUAAACUACAUUUCCGCAGAAUACUUGAAUGUUACCAAAGUGCCUAUCCACAUAACUGGGAAUGGGAUGCCUACUGAGCACAGCGGGGACACUUUCAAUGACACCAGCAGAAUAGAGUACAUGAGGAGUUACAUCAAUGAGGCCUUGAAAGCUAUACAUUUGGAUGGAGUAAAUGUGCAGCAGUUUACUGUCCAGUCACUCAUGGAUGGCUUUGAGGGUCCACAAGGAUACAGUGAACGCUUUGGACUCCACCAUGUCAACUUUGACCUGCCUGACAGACCCAGGACUCCAAAGCAAUCUGCCUACUUUUACUCCCAAGUCAUUGAGAAAAAUGGUUUUGCUUCCAAAAGCCUGAUGGUACCUGCACCAGAACUGAAAAACAUAAGGUCAAAUAAAGUUUCCUCAAUGCCACCCUCCACCGUCCCAUCACAAGCCAUGGAUGUCUGGAGGAAAUUCUCAAAACAAAGCAAAUUUCAGAGAAAACUCUACCACUAUGGUACCUUCCCAAAAGGCUUCAGUUGGGGAGUAUCGUCAUCAGCUUACCAGAUUGAAGGUGGCUGGAAUGCAGAUGGGAAGGGGACCAGCAUCUGGGAUACAUUCACCCAUAAACCUGGCAGUAUUCCUGGUAAUCCCAGUGGAGAUGUGGCCUGUGACAGCUACCACAGACUUGAUGAAGACCUCUACAUGCUACGAGCUCUGAGGGUGAAGUCCUACAGAUUCUCUCUGUCCUGGUCCAGGAUCUUUCCUGAUGGUCAGCGUACCUCACUGAACCAGAGAGGUGUUGACUACUACAAUAGACUCAUUGAUGGCCUCGUAGCGUAUAAUAUUACACCCACGGUGACACUCUAUCACUGGGACCUUCCUCAAGCUUUGCAGACCCUCGGUGGAUGGGAAAAUGUAGAUAUGAUUAACAUUUUUAAUGACUUUUGUGACUUCUCCUUCGCCACCUUUGGAGACAGAGUGAAAUUUUGGAUCACCUUCAACCAGCCUUACACAAUUGCAUGGUCAGGAUAUGGACUUGGACAGAUUCCACCAAAUGUUAAAAAGCCAGGACUUGCUCCAUAUAGAGUUGCACACAACCUGAUAAAAGCUCACGCCAAGGCCUACCACACAUAUGACAAUAAGUAUCGCAAAUCCCAAGGUGGUCUAGUAUCCAUUGCCCUAAAUGCUGAUUGGAUUGAACCUAAAGAUGUUAACGUUCCCAGAGAAGUGGCGGCUGCUGACCGCGCUCUUCAGUUCCAACUGGGCUGGUUUGCACACCCUAUUUUCAAGAAUGGUGACUAUCCUGACGCAAUGAAGUGGCAAGUUGGAAACAAAAGUGAACUCCAAGGUCUUUCAGAGUCAAGACUACCUUCCUUCACUGAGGAAGAAAAGAGCUUCAUCAGGGGAACUGCUGACAUGUUCUGUGUAAAUCACUAUACUACAAAGAUUGCACGUCAUGCUACCUUGAGACUUACCCCACAAUCUUAUGAAUAUGACCGGGAUUUGUCAGAAGCAGAGGAAGGUGAUUCACCAACUACUGCCAUCAGUAAGCAGAGAGCUGUAGCAUGGGGCCUGAGGAGACUCCUAAACUGGAUCAAAGAGGAGUAUGGAGAUCCAGAGAUUUACAUUACUGAGAAUGGUGUA